AUGUCGUUCAACGAUGAAAAGGACAAGAACAUCUACGAUGGAAAGCUCGAUGCCGAGUCUGGCUCUACUGGACCCAUUGGUGACGAUGAGCAAGUCUUCGAGGAGGAGAGAGAGUUGAAGCGUGGUCUCCAGCAAAGACACAUUCAAAUGAUUGCUCUCGCUGGAACUAUCGGAACGGGUCUCUUUUUAAGUUCAGGUCGAGCUCUUGCAGCUGCGGGGCCUGUCGGUGCACUUCUCGGAUAUCUAUUCACCGGUAUCCUCGUAUCGGGUGUCGUUUUAUCUAUCGCCGAGCUUUCAUCCCUCGUUCCUCUGACCGGUUCCUAUGUCCGGCAUGCUGAAUAUUUCUUCGAUCCGGCUUUAUCCUUCGCUAUCGGUUGGAACACUGUGUACUCAUCCUGCGUCUCCAUCCCCGCCGAAGUCACCGCCGCGGCUGUGUUGAUUUCUUUUUGGACGACAUCUGUAUCCAACGGAGUCUGGAUCACAAUCAUGGGUUUGCUCAUCAUUGGUACCAAUAUGUGCUUUAUCAGGGUAUACGGAGAGCUGGAGUUCAGUUUCUCCAUGCUCAAGAUUAUGCUCAUUGUUGGUUUGAUCAUAAUGGGUCUUUGCAUCGAUUUGGGAGGUGCGCCUGGCCAAUCUCGGCUUGGAUUUCAGUAUUGGAGAAACCCUGGUCCUUUCGUUCAAUUUCUCGGUAUUGAAGGAUCACUCGGUGGAUUUUUGGGUUUUUGGACGACCUUCUCCAAUGCUGCCUAUGCGUAUUCUGGUAUCGAAUCCAUCGCUGCUGCUGCCGCCGAGACUAAGAGUCCUCGUCGUAACAUCCCCAAGGCCGCAAAACGUAUUUUCAUCCGAGUGUUGCUCUUCUACGUUAUCUCUAUCCUCAUCGUUACGAUGAUCGUACCUUCCAACAGCCCGUUCCUCCUCAAUGGCUCUGGAAAUGCCAGCGAGAGCCCUUUCGUAAUCGCCGCCAACUUGGCCGGAAUCAAAGUUGUCCCUCAUAUUGUGAACGCCGUUGUCUUGACUAGCGCUUGGUCCUCAGGUAACUCUUCGAUGCUGGGUGGUUCUAGGACACUAUACGGUCUCGCCCGUGAAGGACACGCUCCGAAGUUCCUUCUCCGAACUAAUCGUUAUGGUAUCCCUUACAUUUGCGUAUCCUUCGUCAGUGUCUUCAUCGCCCUCGGAUACAUGACUCUCCAAGAUUCCGCUUCAAUCGUCUUCGGAUGGUUCCAAGACCUUGUUUCCGCCGCUGCUCUAGUUACAUGGAUCACCAUCUGCUUGAUCUAUCUCCGCUUCUACUACGCGUGCAAACGCCAGGGAAUCAGUCGAAGUGAGCUGCCAUGGGCCGCACCGUUCCAACCAUUUGCAGCUUGGUUGGGACUUUUGGGCUUCGGUCUUCUUUUGCUUACAGGAGGGUUCUCGGUAUUUAUCCAUAACGAGUGGGACACCGAAACCUUCUUCAGCUCCUACUUCAACAUUCCCCUCAUCUUUCUCUUGUACUUCGGGUACAAGUUCACCAAGAAGACAAAGAUGGUCACCCUGGACGAGAUGCCCAUUCGACAUUACAUUGAAAUCGCGAACCAGAAUCCAGAACCGGAGGAAAUUCCUCUCAAAGGAUGGAGGAAGAUCAACAUUCUUUGGACGUAA